AUGUUUACCCAACGCCCCUCAUUCCGCUUCGUGGCUACCGGCGCCGUGGUGUCUCUCUUUGUCCUUGCAUUUCUCGUCCUCGGCAACUCAUCCCACGGACUCUCAUCCAAAUUUAGCCUGAAGACACAAGCUCGACCAUAUCCUCGGACGUGUGUUUCACCUUCAAACUCCUCAGGGUGGGAGUUCAUAGUCGAGCGUGAUGGUAAUAACCACGGUCUGUCCGAGGACCAGUGCCGCAUUGCGUUCCCGAAGUUAUUUGUCGAGAUCGACAAAUCGUCAGAGCUUAAAUCAGAUAACCGUGUCUCGUACAAGGAGUUGGAUUCCCGUACUGUAGAUGACGGCAUGGUGCGCGGAAUCAUUGAUCGGGGAGAGCUGUACAUCGUCGACUAUGCACCGAUGCCUGUCACAGCAUCCCGCGCACGCGCAACUCUAAACUCUCUCCAUCGCGCGCUCGCAGCAUUCCCAGACCGAGACCUACUACCUAGCAUCGAGUUCAUUUUCACAACGGAAGACUUCGCAGAAGACACCAAGAACUCAAGCCCUAUCUGGGCUUACUCCAAGCGCGACUCGGACACGUCAGUUUGGCUGAUGCCUGACUUCGGAUACUGGGCCUGGCCAGAAGUGCAGAUCGGUCCAUACCACGAAGUUCGGCGCCAUAUCGCGGCUAUUGAUGAUGGACACACUGCCGCGGAUGGUACAUUUGUCCCUGGCUUGCAGUUUCAGGAAAAAAAGAAACAGCUCAUCUGGCGCGGUAGUCUGGCCACGAACCCACCAGUUCGAAGUAAACUGCUCAAAUCUGCGCUGGGCCACAGCUGGGCUAGCGUACGGGUGAUCGACUGGGAUGAUGAGAACGACAUCCGCUACAAUCUCCUUCCCAUCGAAGAUCACUGCCGGUACAUGUUCCUCGCACAUACCGAGGGGCGCAGCUUCUCCGGCCGUGGAAAGUACCUCCUCAACUGCCGUUCAGUGGUUAUCUCGCACGCCCUCGAAUGGCGCGAGGCUCAUCAUGCGGCUAUGGUCUCUUCCGGCCCUGAUGCUAACUAUGUGGAGGUCGAUCGUGAAUGGACAGACUUGUCGCGCAAGAUCGAUUACUUGAUUGAUAACCCUGAGAUCGCGGAGCGCAUUGCGAACAAUGCUGUGCGCACUUUCCGCGAUCGAUAUCUCACUCCCGCUGCAGAGUCUUGCUACUGGCGUCAGUUGAUCAGGCAGUACUCUGCAGCUUGUGAUUUCGAGCCAGUGCUGUUCUCUACCGGCCGUGACGGGAAAACUCGGGCUCGAGCUGUCCCCUAUGACACCUGGUCGCUGACGCAUUGA